AAGAAAAAGGAAUCUUAAAGCUGGAACCACGACCAAGAAUCAUGAUCGAACCUACAUCAAUUCUGAUACCACAGGGUUCCUGUGACCGUGCGCCGUCCUCCCCACAACCGUCCAUUGACCGUCUCUCUGUAACCUGGGCAGAUCCGAAUCCCGAAAUGGCUUCACCAGGAGUUACUAGUAGUGAAGUAAAAUUUUCUACUAAUGCAGAUGCAUCAGAAGAUGAGGACUAUUCGGUUAGUUUAAGCGCGGUUAUGCGGCAGCGGCGCGCCAGUGUACGACGAUCGCGCAAAGGCCGGGCCAGACGGCCAUCGUCACCUUUUCUUCCAGAAGACAUUCACCCGCGAAGACGAUCAUCUGUGUUUACAACAAGCUCUGGAGACACAGCAAUAUCUAUUGAAGAUCAACCCGUACUUACACAAGAACAAAUAUUUGAAAAUAUACAUUUGCAUAAACAAGUUUUAAGCUCGGCAAAGCAACAACCACUGGGAAUGAGACGAAAACUUAAAAUCGUUCACCAGGCUAAAGGUUAUAUUAAGCGUCACGAAGGUAAACUCCAGGAGAGACUAGCUCAAUCCAAAAGCACAAGAGACAUAUAUGCAAGAUUCAAUAUUCUUAUGGCUACAAAAUGGCAACAGUUGAAGCGAGAAGCUGCAAAUAUAUCCAAUCUACUAAUACCUUGGGAAUUACGAAUCAAAGAAAUAGAAUCACACUUUGGAUCCGUUGUCGCAUCUUAUUUCACAUUUCUGAGAUGGCUAUUCUGGAUUAAUCUGGUCAUCGCUUUCAUAUUACUUGUUUUUGUUAUAGUUCCUGAGUACCUCACUGCAAACCCUAAACUAGAUGGCGAAAGAAAAAUUAUAAUGGAGGAUGAACGACGCAACGCCACAAAUCUACUAACUCUAUGGGAGUUUGAAGGGAUCCUUAAAUAUUCGCCUAUAUUUUAUGGUUAUUAUAGCAACGUUGAACGAUCAGAGUACAAAAUGCCAUUAGCUUAUUUCCUAACUGGCUUGGUGGUCUACGUUUAUAGUUUCGUCGCCAUAUUGAGGAAAAUGGCUGAAAACUCUCGCAUGUCCAAACUUUCCGAGAAAGAUGACGAAUGUAUAUUCUCAUGGAAACUAUUUACUGGAUGGGACUACAUGAUUGGAAAUGCUGAGACAGCACACAACCGAAUUGCUUCAGUUAUUUUGGGGUUUAAAGAAGCUUUACUAGAAGAGGCAGAAAAGAAAAAAAAUCCUAGGAAUUGGCGCACUAUAAGUCUCAGAGCAUUAGUAAACUUUUGCGUCUUAAUACUUUUAGCAGUAUCGGCAUAUGCCGUUGUAACUGUGGUCACACGUUCUGACAAUUACCGUGGUAAGACACCAAGUUGGUGGCAUGAAAAUGAGACGACAACUGUAGUUACAGUGAUAUCGAUAACAUUUCCAUUUUUCUUUGAAUUCUUGGGGUUUCUAGAACAUUUUCAUCCAAGAAAACAACUUAGAUUACAAUUGGCUAGGUAAAACAAUAUAAGAUAUGCUUUUAAAAUUGGUUCAAACGCCUUUCAUGCUCAC